GCCGCGUGUUGCCGUCGGAGGAACCCCCCGCCUCGGCUCCAGGUAAAGCGGCAGCUGCCGAAGCCUCGGCCUCGGAGCCCCUGAACUACCAAGCAUGAAUCAAGAAAAAUUAGCCAAGCUUCAGGCUCAGGUCCGGAUAGGAGGCAAGGGCACAGCUCGCAGAAAGAAGAAGGUGGUGCAUAGAACGGCCACAGCAGAUGACAAGAAACUCCAGAGUUCUCUCAAAAAAUUGGCUGUGAAUAAUAUUGCUGGUAUUGAAGAGGUGAACAUGAUUAAAGAUGAUGGGACAGUUAUUCAUUUCAACAACCCCAAAGUCCAGGCUUCCCUCUCCGCCAACACCUUUGCAAUCACUGGUCAUGCAGAAGCCAAGCCAAUAACAGAAAUGCUUCCUGGAAUAUUAAGCCAGCUUGGUGCUGACAGCUUAACGAGUCUUAGGAAGUUAGCUGAACAGUUCCCUCGGCAAGUGUUGGAUAGCAAAGCACCCAAGCCUGAAGACAUUGAUGAAGAGGAUGAUGAUGUGCCAGAUCUUGUAGAAAAUUUUGAUGAAGCCUCAAAGAAUGAAGCCAACUAGAGUCUGAUGGUUCUUGGCGGCCGGCAUGGACUAGGUUGGAGAAAGGAGCGGGUGGCUCCGGAGCUGUGCAGCAGCAGAGAACGUCUCCUGUUAAUAGUUCAGUAAUAGAAAUAUUUUGUAUAUUAAUGAUGCUGUUUGGUCAGCAUUUUUCUGUCAGUUGAUUUUGCAUUUUGCACUUCUCCCAGGAUCUACUCUUUUGGUCAAAAUACGAAGUAUUGGUGCAGCUUUGAGGGGUUUUGUGGGUGUGUGUGUGCUCGCGUGCAUAUGUGUGAGUGUGCGAGCGUGUGGGGGUGUGUACAGUGGAGAACAAAUUGGAUAACAGUUCUAUUGAUCCUCUCCCUCCCCCCAGUAGAAAAUAAAACAAAUCUUUAAGUCUCUUCCUUUUUAUCUUUGCCCAAUAGUGCACAGAAAUAGUGAAAAGUGAGUGUCUUGUCUAUACUUCAAGAACUCAAGACAUCAGAACAUCCAAGACUGGGUUUCAAUUUGCUGUGUUAACUAUUGUAUUUGCAAAUACUUUUCUGUGUUUAAGAUGUCUCUGAGAGAUAGAGGAUGGGCUUCCUGCUAGGGCAUGGGUUAGGGGGCACCUUUGGUCUUGCUGCCUUUGACUUCCCAGUCAGACCUAGAAGGCAUUCUAUUCUCUUUCACUUCCUUUCUUCCUAGAUGUUCCCUUUUCCCCUUUUGUCUUAAAAUGGUUUGAUCAGCCUUUGUUAGUGCUCCUUAUCACUUCUCAUCUAGACCAAGAAGGAUGUUCUCUAUUUAGGGUUAUGUGAACUGCUAGACCCUUCUCUGUAAAAUGUUGUUUCUCUUGUCUUGGAGAACAGCAGACCCAUUCUUGACCUUCCAUUUUGCCUUGGAUUGUGGCAGUCAGUGGAUUUAAAUCCCAGGGAGCUGGCAUGCUUUUCCCAAGAAACUUGACAUCCUAACAGUCCUCACUGUUCUGAAGGACAGACAGCUCUCUUUCCAGCAAGUUUGAAACUGGCAGCCUUCUGUUGAAUUGGAAGUGAAUGGGGCCCAGAGCCUUUCCCUGUAUCCGCAGGGAUAGCUAUGAGAUGAUGAUGCUGGCUCUGAAAGGGUUUCUUUGACCUACUUCUCUGCUGUUGGCUUUGAAACCUACCUCUGGGUUGGAUGUCCCUGUUGUCAUAACUUGCAGGACCCUCCAAUGUUCAUGCAGAGAGUAGAGCAGUGUUUAGAUGGGCCCACUGACCCAAGGCAGCAUUGCCUGGACCUCCUCCCCUCUGAAGGCUCAGGGCUAUGUUCCUUCACCAGAAUUUCCCUCAAAGCCUUGGAGGAAAGCUUUGCAUUGUGACCAAUCUGACCUUCAUUGGAGCAGGUAUUGAGGGGAAAAGUGAGGAUCUGAGUCAAGGGCUUCUCUGACCCAUCCAUCGUCCAAACUAGCCAUGGCUUACCUUCCUGGCAUAACGACUCUGAACCUGGAUAGCUUUGGAGACCAAGAAUACAAAGGAGGUCUGGAGACGACACUGGCAGAGAGAGAAAGAGAGAAAAAGCAAGAGUUCUUGUGGUUUGUCGUCCAAACUCCUCCAUGGAUUUUAUAGACUUGUUCAUUUUCCUGUUAUGUUUUAUAUAAUAUAUGGACUUAACUAUAAAAUAAAAUAACCAUACAAAAGAA